GCUCAUCAUCAUCAUCAAAUAGCAUCCUCGUACUCCACCAGCCUAUUGCCUGUGCGUAGAUGGAACAGAGGGAGCAGCAGAAGGUGGAGGCAUGUUUCAUAUUUUCCUUCAUGUGCAUUCUUCUCAGCGCCUUCAGCAAACUAACAGCUGCUGAGGAACUGAUUCAGGAGCACAGUGUCGUUAUAUAGAAGGUAUCUAAAAUACAUAUCCUGAAGUGUCAUUAGAGCGGAUCGAAGAGGCGCCAGCAACAUUAUUUCCCAGGACCACCAGUGGGAAGAGAUAUUCAGUCGAGGCUCAGGCUUUACACAAACCAAGUGAUGGAUGUGCUUUAAAAUUGUGACAGUGUGAAGGUGGCAGAGUGAGCACAGGGAUGUAAGAGGACCAGUAAAGAUGACCCUGUUGGCGGGCGAUGGCUCCGACUACGACUACAGUGCCCUGAGCUGUGCCUCUGAUUCCUCCCUCAACGGACCCCCCUUACACGAAGAGGAGGCUCGGAAGGGGGCCUUCUACAAGAGGGCGCAACGGGUCCCGGAGCUCAGCUCCAUCCAUGAGAACACCCUGUCCGGCGCCCGCAAACUCCACGCCAUCAUCAAUGUGGGCGGCCUGCGCUACCAGCUGCCCUGGACCACCUUAGAGGACUUCCCCCUGUCCCGGCUGGGCCAGCUGCACCUCUGCAGCAGCUUUGACGAGAUCAUGCGCAUCUGCGAUGACUACGAUGUCACGCACAAUGAGUUCUUCUUCGACCGCAGCCCCUGUGCCUUCCGCACCAUCCUGACCUUCCUGCGGGCGGGGAAGUUGCGCUCCCUCAGGGAGAUGUGCGCCCUCUCCUUCAGGGAGGAGCUGCUCUACUGGGGGGUCCCCGAGGAGAGCCUGGAGUGGUGCUGCCGCCGCCGGCUGCUGCAGCGCGUGGAGGAGUUCGAAGCGAUGGAGAGAGCGGAGGAGGAGGAGGACCUGUUGGAGGAUCUGUUGGAUUCAGACAGUGGACACAGGGAGCACGCAACCGAGUCAAGACUCAAUCGGUGCAUGGCCAAGCUCCGGGAUAUGGUGGAGAGGCCUCACUCGGGCCUGCCGGGGAAGAUCUUUGCUUGUUUGUCAGUACUGUUUGUCACCAUCACCGCCGUCAACCUGUCCAUAAGCACCAUGCCCGCCAUGAGGGAGGAGGAGGAGGCGGGCACAUGUUCCCAGAUGUGCUACAACAUCUUCAUAGUGGAGACGGUGUGCGUGGCCUGGUUCUCCCUGGAGUUCACACUGCGCUUCAUUCAGGACCGCAGCAAGCUGGCCUUCCUCCGGCAGCCCCUGAACCUGAUCGACGUGGUGGCCAUCCUUCCGUACUACAUCACCCUGGUGGUGGACAGCACCUCCUAUGGGGAGAAGCGCCUGGGCUCUGGCAACAGCUACCUGGACAAAGUAGGCUUGGUGCUCCGCGUCCUGAGAGCCCUGCGCAUCCUCUACGUGAUGCGACUGGCUCGCCACUCUUUGGGCCUGCAGACUCUGGGCCUAACCGCCCGCCGCUGCACACGGGAGUUCGGACUGCUCCUUCUCUUCCUGUGUGUAGCCAUCGCACUCUAUUCCCCCUUGCUGUACUUGAUUGAGAACGAAAUGGCCGUCACGCAAGAGUUCACGAGCAUCCCCGCCACCUACUGGUGGGCCGUGAUCACCAUGACGACUGUGGGCUACGGGGACAUGGUGCCGAGGAGCAUCCCAGGUCAGGUGGUGGCUCUGAGCAGCAUCCUGAGUGGGAUCCUCCUCAUGGCCUUCCCCGUCACCUCCAUCUUCCACACCUUCUCGCGCAGCUACGUGGAGCUGAAGCAGGAGCAGCAGCGGCUGCUGCAGAGGAGGACACACUUCCUGCUGCGCAGCCGCAUGGCCGGCCUAGGCAGCAACCUGUCCUUAGAGAGUGACGUGCUCUUCCCUAUGGGGGCGUCUGACGUCAGAGGCAAGGACAAGUGAGACUGCUGGACAGGGAAGGACAUGCAAACUGGGAGUGGGAUAGGAAGAGAAGAAGAGGGAGGCUACAAAAGAGACUGAAGGUGUGAAGAUAAGAGAGAAAGAGAGCAGGACAGGAAUGAG